AUGGCGGCAGAAGUAGCUCGUCUGGGACUGUUCAUCCACAGCGUUGCCAUACGUCCCUCGAACGUUGAAAAAUCAUUAUGGUUCUACAAGACGGUCCUUGGCCUCCAAGAGACCAUGCAUGUAAAGGAGGACUCAUUCGAGAUAUGGUUGCUUGGCUAUCCUGUCGUGAAUGGCUCACAGCGGGAACGCACUACCAUAGAGCUGAUCAAUUCUGCAGUUGAGCCAGUUGCGGCUCACAAAUUCCCGCCUCGUCCCGGCUUCCUGAAGUUGGCCCUUGGAGUUCGAGACAUGUCCGCAUUCGUGGCGCAUAUAAGACAAUUUGAUGUUAGGAUUGUCAAAGAUGUCGAUGCGACUGCGGGACUGGAUGAAGUUGGGUCGUUGAUUGGAUUGGAAACUCAGACGCAGGGACGGAAUGAAACUUUCUUGGAGAUGGUGAAAUCGGUAGUCUUCAUCCAAGAUCCAGAUGGCAACUAUAUAGAGCUUGUCCCUGAGCCUUGA